CCCACCUAUCAUUCCCCACAGGAAACCAUCAGCACGCAGCUGCCAGUGUUCGAGCAGUUCCUGGACAAAGCGCCGAAGUCUGGAGGCUUCGACGGGGUGCGUCAGUGCGUGGUGCUGCUGGUGGGGUCGCUGGCGCGGCAUCUGGAGCCGGGAGACGCCCGGGUCCGGCCCAUAGCGCUGAGGCUCGUGCAGGCGCUUAAUACGCCUAGUCAGCAGGUCCAAGAGGCGGUGAGCAACUGCCUGCCGCACCUGGUGACGUCACCCGCGCUCAAGGAGGACGUGCCCGCCAUCGUCACCAAGCUCAUGAAGCAGCUGCUGACUGCCGAGAAGUACGGGGACAGGAAGGGCGCCGCGUACGGUAUCGCGGGCAUAGUAAAGGGGCUGGGCAUCCUGGCGCUGAAGCAGCUCGACAUCAUGAGCAAGCUCACCGACGCCAUACAGGAGAAGAAGAACUACAAGUACAGGGAGGGCGCUUUAUUCGCGUUCGAGAUGCUCUGCCUAAAACUGGGCCGUCUCUUCGAGCCGUACAUCGUCCACGUCCUACCCCACCUACUCAUGUGCUUCGGCGACUCGUCGCAGUACGUGCGCGCCGCCGCCGACGACACCGCCAAGCUGAUCAUGAGCAAGCUCAGCGCGCACGGGGUCAAGCUCGUGCUGCCCUCGCUGUUGGCUGCACUGCAGGAUGAUAAUUGGAGGACUAAGGCUGGGUCCGUGGAGCUACUCGGUGCCAUGGCGUACUGCGCCCCCAAGCAGCUCUCGUCGUGCCUGCCCUCCAUCGUGCCCAAGCUCAUCGAGGUGCUGAGCGACUCGCACAUGCGAGUGCAGACCGCCGGGGCCGAGGCGUUGCGGGUGAUCGGGUCUGUUAUUAGGAACCCUGAGAUUCAAGCGAUCGUGCCGGUGCUGCUGUCUGCGCUGCAGGACCCGUCCAACAAGACCUCCGCGUGCCUGCAGACGCUGCUCGACACCAAGUUCGUGCACUUCAUCGACGCGCCCUCGCUCGCGCUCAUCAUGCCGGUGGUGCAACGUGCAUUCUUAGACCGCAGCACGGAGACGCGCAAGAUGGCGGCGCAGAUCAUCGGCAACAUGUACUCGCUCACGGACCAGAAGGACUUACUACCCUACCUGCCGAAUAUCAUACCGGGGUUGAAGCAGUCGCUGCUGGAUCCUGUUCCUGAGGUCCGUUCAGUGUCCGCGCGCGCGCUCGGUGCCAUGGUCAAGGGCAUGGGCGAGGCUUCCUUCGAGGAGCUGCUGCCGUGGCUCAUGCACACGCUGACGUCGGAGUCCAGCUCCGUGGACCGCAGCGGCGCCGCGCAGGGGCUCAGCGAGGUCGUCGCCGGCCUGGGCGUGGACAAACUGCAUAAACUCAUGCCAGACAUAAUAGCGACGGCGGAGCGCGCGGACAUCGCCCCGCACGUCAAAGACGGCUACAUCAUGAUGUUCAUCUACAUGCCGGGCGCCUUCACCGACGAGUUCACGCCCUACAUCGGCCAGAUCAUCACGCCCAUCCUCAAGGCGCUCGCCGAUGAAAACGAAUAUGUCCGCGAAACGGCUCUGAAAGCCGGACAGAGAAUUGUGAACCUAUACGCUGAGUCCGCGAUUACUUUACUGCUGCCUGAGCUGGAAAGAGGACUGUUUGAUGAUAACUGGCGUAUUCGAUACAGCUCAGUGCAACUACUAGGAGAUUUGCUCUACAGAAUCUCAGGGGUGUCGGGUAAGAUGAGUACGGAGACGGCGUCGGAAGAUGACAACUUCGGUACGGAACAGUCGCACAAAGCCAUCAUGUCUGCGCUGGGUGCUGAGCGGCGUAAUCGUGUGCUGGCGGGACUGUAUAUGGGAAGGAGUGAUGUGGCGUUGAUGGUCAGACAAGCCGCGCUGCACGUGUGGAAGGUGGUAGUGACUAACACUCCGAAGACCCUGCGCGAGAUCCUGCCCACGCUGUUCGGGCUGCUGCUGGGCUGCCUCGCCUCCACCAGCUACGACAAGCGACAGGUCGCGGCUAGGACGCUCGGGGAUCUCGUCAGGAAGCUGGGCGAGCGCGUGCUCCCCGAAAUAGUCCCGAUCCUGGAGCGCGGGCUGCGCUCGGAGCGCGCGGACCAGCGCCAGGGCGUGUGCAUCGGCCUGGGCGAGAUCAUAGCUUCUACGUCACGAGACACUGUGCUGACGUUCGCCGACGGACUCGUGCCCACUGUGCGCACGGCUCUCUGCGACCCCCUCCCCGAGGUGCGCAUGGCGGCGGCGCGCACGUUCGACUCUCUCCACGCGACUAUAGGGGGCAAGGCACUAGACGACAUCCUGCCCUCCAUGCUGCAGGGGCUGCGGGACCCUGACCCCGCCCGCGCAGAGGCCGCGCUCGACGGACUCCGACAGGUGAUGGCGAUCAAGUCGCGCGCCGUGCUCCCCUACCUCGUCCCGCAACUGACCGCCACACCGGCGGACACUCGCGCCCUAUCCGCGCUGGCGGCAGCAGCGGGCGACGCGCUGGCGAGGCACCUGCCGCGCGUGCUGCCCGCGCUGCUGCUCGCGCUGCAGGCGGCGCGCGGGACGCCGCACGAGGCCAAGGAGCUGGACUAUUGCAGGGAUGCGCUGCUGCCGGUCACCGAUGAGGCGGGGGUUAGAAGUAUAAUAGACGCGUUACUCGAGGCGUGCCGCGCGCCGACGGGCCCGGGGUCCCCGGCGGGGGCAGCGGACAAGCAGCGCGCCGCCGCCGCGCUGCUGUGCGCCUUCGUGUCGCACUCGCGCGCCGACCUCGCGCCCUACGUGCCGCAGCUGCUGCGCGGGCUGCUGCUGCUGUUUGUGUCAGACGACCGCGACGUGGUCCAGAUGGCGUGGGAGGCCCUCUCCGCGCUCACAAAGACAUUAGACGCGGAGCGGCAGAUCGCGCACGUGGGCGACGUGCGCCACGCCGUGCGCUGUGCUGCUGCGGAGCUGAAGGGGGAUCUGUUGCCUGGGUUCUGUCUGCCUAAGGGUAUAGCCCCAAUCCUGCCUCUCUUCCGCGAGUCGAUCCUCAACGGUCUCCCUGAAGACAAGGAGGCGGCGGCGCUGAUGCUGGGCGAGGUGAUCCGGCUGACGGCGGCGCCCGCGCUGCAGCCCUCUGUCGUGCACAUCACCGGCCCGCUGAUCAGGAUCCUGGGGGACAGGUUCAAUGCUAAUGUGAAGGCGGCGGUUUUGGAGACGUUGGCGUUGUUGUUGGCUAAGGUGGGCGUGAUGCUGAAGCAGUUCCUCCCGCAACUCCAGACCACCUUCCUCAAGGCGCUCAACGACUCGAACCGCUCCGUGCGCAUCAAGGCGGGGCUGGCGCUGUCCCAGCUGGUGCUGAUCCACACGCGCGCCGACCCGCUGUUCACGGAGAUGCACAACGGCAUCAAGAACGCCGACGACCCCGCCAUCAGGGAGACCAUGCUGCAGGCGCUCCGGAGCAUCAUCACCGGAGGAGGGGAUAAGAUGAGCGAGCCGCUCGCUAUCGCUGUCCUAACUACAUUGACGAGUCCGGCCAUGCUAGCCCAUCCAGAAGACCCACCCCGCAGCGCUGUGGGAGGCUGUCUCGGAGCCCUACUACACGCAUUACCCCCCACGCACCGCGACGCGGCUUUAUUACACCAUGUGUUAGGAGCCGGCUCGCACGCCGCCGCCGACGCUGACCUGCAACACGGAAGAUCCUGCGCUCUGUUCGUAGCUCUCAAAGAAACCCCCCAGCACAUAUACAAAGACAGCUACGAGGAGAAGAUAGACAAGGCGCUGCUCGGCUACCUCACGAGUGACAAAGUGCCGAUCGUGUGCAACGGUAUUAGGGGCAUGGGCUACCUCAUGCGGUACCUGCUGCAGAACGGACGACCCAUCCCGCAGAGCAUACUGUCGCAGUUUGUCAGGAGCAUGAACCAUGCCAGCAACGAAGUCAAACAGCUGAUGGCUCGCAUCUGCACGAUGCUAGCCCGCGAAUGCACUCUAGAAGCCUCCGCCGGCACGCCCGGGGCCGAGCUGCUGCGCGUCGCCGUGCCCGCGCUAGUCAAUGGGACUAAGGAGAAGAAUAGCUACGUCAGGGCUAAUUCUGAGAUCGCGCUCAGGGCCGUGCUGAGGAUGCCGCAGGAUGAGCAGUUCCAUCAGCAAUGCCUGCAGAUCCUGGAGUCGGGCGCGCGGGAGGCGCUCUCCGACGUCGUAUCUCGCGUCCUCCGCCGCGCCCACGCUGACACUCGCGACGAGGAGAUCGACGUCACGCUCAUCACGUGAUCGCCCGGCAAUAUACCGCUACUGACGAUACGCUCUA